AUGCCCCCUUCGCUCGUACCGAAGUCGCGGGUGCUUCCCUCAAAGGAGUCCGUUCUCUUCAAGGAGGUCCUCCACUACUACGAGGAUCGGCAGCUCAAGAAGGGUCUAAAAACCGCAGACACUAUCCUCAAAAAGUUCCCUGAGCAUGGCGAGACGCUAUGCAUGAAGGGUCUCAUCCUCACACACUUAGAUCGCCGCGACGAGGGUCUGGAGCUGGUCAAACAAGGCAUUCGCCUCGAUCUCACCUCCCACAUAUGCUGGCACGUCUUUGGGCUCAUCCAGAAGGGCCAAAAGAACUACGAGGAGGCUCUGAAGUCAUACACGCAGGCACUGCGCUUUGACAAGGAUAACAUGAACAUCCUCAGGGAUGCCGCCCACCUUCAAACACAGCUCAGGCUGUACGACAGCCUUGUCGAAACGCGGCACACCCUUCUCCGAUUGCGACCUCAAAUGCGGCAAAACUGGGUUGCUCUUGCAGUAGCAUACCACCUCAGCGGGAAUCUGGUGGAAGCCAAGAACGUUCUUGAGCAGUACGAGCGCAUAGUGAAGAAUGUACCAGAUUACGACGUUGAGCUGUCGGAGCUUCUGCUAUUACAUGUGCGCAUCCUCGAAGACUUGGCUGAAUACACCAAUGCGCUUUCCUUGUUGGAUAUCUGCGCGAAGGACCGGACCAUCGUCGACCGCGUGGCUAUAAUGGAGUCUCGAGCCCGUAUUCUCUCCAAGUUGGGUAAGGACGACGCAGAUCAAUCAUGGCAAGGUCUAAUCGAGCAAAACCCGGAUUGUUACGACUACUACAAGGGCUUCCUGCUCAGCCACGGUAUCGACGUUGAGCGUAUUACCGAGGAAACCCGCGGUAAGGCUCUACAACGCCUCGAAGAUUUCUCACAGCAGUUCCCUCGAACUUCUACUCCGCAACGGCUUGCGCUCAGCAUUGCUCUCGGCGAGGAGUUCAAGAGGCUCAUCGAACCUUAUUUGAGGUCUCGACUGGAAAAAGGCAUUCCCUCCCUGUUCUCUGACAUCAAAUUCCUCUACGAGUCUAACGAGAAUCGCGAAGCGAUCGAAGCCGCCGCCAUCUCCCUGCUCUCCACUCUGUCUCAUCCUCCAACAGAGCCAUGCCCGGCAGAUCGUGAUCCCACCAUGUACAUCUGGACCAUCUACUUCCUUGCGCAACACCACUCCUUCCUUGGACGACACCAGAAGGCUAUUGGGCUCUUGGAGGAGGCUAUGACCCAUACUCCAACGUUGCCCGAACUCUAUAUGUUCAAGGCACGAGUACUCAAGCGGAGCGGAGACCCCUUCGGUGCCGCCAAGUGCAUGGACCAGGCACGCGCGCUGGACCUUCAAGAUCGCUUUCUCAACACGAAGUCAGGCAAAUACCGCCUACGUGCUGGCCUUGUUGAAGAAGCAUCGGAAGUCUUCGGAUUGUUCACGAAAAAGGAUGCGCCAAGCCCAGGGCAGGAUCUGGAAGACAUGCAGUCUUUAAUUUACCUCACCGAGGAGGCGGACGCUUACCUUCGGAAUGACAACCUGGCCAUGGCACUCAAACGCUACGAAGCCAUCUCCAAGGUCUUCGAUGCCUUCGAAGACGACCAGUUCGACUUCCACGGCUAUUGCCUGCGCAAGUUUACGAUCAAUAUCUACACGAACAUGAUUGCAUGGGAAGACACCCUCAGGUCACAUCCGGCAUAUGUUCAUGCUGCCAUCGAAGCCUCUCGAAUACUGGUGAAGGUUCAUGACAACCCUUCACUGGCCAGCAAACCGACAUCUGGACUCACUGGCGCCGAGAAGAGGGCCAAGAAGAAGGCCAAGAAGGCUGAGAAGAAGGUGCAGGAGGAUGCGAAGAAGGCAGCAAACACCACCGCCAACGAGGACAAGGGUCUCGACGCCGGCCCUCCCAAAGACGACGACCCGGACGGCUCGAAAGCAUUGCAAGCACCCGAACCACUCGAACGGGCGGCCAAACUUCUCAAGCCACUCGCCGAGCGGGCAAAGGGUAACAUCGAAGUGUGGAUAGCGACAUACGACGUCGCCGUGCGGAGAAAGAAAUACCUGCAAGCCGUACAAGCACUCAGCCACGCGCACUCACUAGAUGCAGACUCACCAGAGCUGCACAUUCGCAUGGUAGAUUUCAAGCAGCACUGGUCAUCGCUUAAAGAAAAGCCCGCAGAGGCCGCCGCCGCUGCCGUCACGAGCGCCGUCCACAAGCUGCUCCCCGACGAGCUCUCCCUCGACGCCUUCAACUCGCAAUACGUCCAGCGCCUCUCCUCGCGGGCAGACGCUGUCCUCGCCGCCGCGAAGGUCUCCAAAGCACUUGGCGCGCCCCGAGAGGAGGUCGAGGCCGCGAUCGUCAACACGACCGCCGCGGAGGUCCAGAUUUCUCUCCAGACCGCUCUCACCGCCGUCGCGUUCAUGGUGGAGAUCCAGUCGCCGCGCGCAGACGAGUUCCGCGCGGCGUGCGCGGCCCGCUUCCCGCUCUCGACCGUGUUCCUGCCCGCGGACGAGCUCGCAGCGCUGCGCAAGACCGUGGUGGAGAAACCCGACCCGGUGUCACAGGCGUUGGAGGAAAAGGACGAGGUUAUCAGCUGA